GGAAGUGAGUUAGCAGCUUGUUUAAGUUUCGUUUCUUCAGAGCCUGUGCCCCUGGAUGAAAAACAAUGGCCUCGGCAGAGCUGUUUACAGAGGAUCAGUUCACCUGCUCGGUGUGUCUGGAAAUCCUCAAGAAUCCGGUCACCGUUGCAUGUGGGCACAACUUCUGCAUGGGCUGCAUCGGGAGCUGCUGGGAUCGGGAGGAUCAGAGCGGCUCCUACACCUGCCCCCAGUGCAGAGCAGCCUUCACACCCAGGCCUGCCGUUCACAGAAACAACUUGCUGGCCGAGAUUGUGGAGAGACUGAAGAGGACUGGGCUCUCUUCGGCUGCUCAGCCUUUUGCAGGAGCGGAGGAUGUUCCUUGUGAUUUGUGUGUCGGGAGGAAGCUGAAAGCAGCCAAGUCCUGUUUAGUGUGCCUGGCCUCGUACUGUGAACCGCACCUCGCCCCUCACCAUGAAGCUGCAGCAUUUAAGAGACACAAGCUGGCUGAGCCAACGGCAAACCUUCAAGACCGACUCUGCAAAGAGCACGGGAAUCUUCUGGAGCUGUUCUGUCAGACUGAUCAGGCGUGUAUCUGUGUCUCUUGUACCGAUGCAGAAACACACCGCAAUCACACUACUGUCUCGGCAGCACGAGAGAGAAGCGAGAAACAGAACCAAUUGGGAGAGAAGCAGAAGGAAAUACUGAAGCGAAUCCAAGAGAAAGAAAAUAAACUCUGCGCUCUGAAAGAGGCUGUGGAGGCUCUGAAGAGAUCUGCGCUGAGCAGCAAGGAGAGAGUCGAGAAGGCCUGUACUGAGCUGAUUCGCUUCAUUGAGCAAACCCAGGCUGAGAUCCUUGAGCUGAUCAACUCGAAAGAGAAAGCCACGGAGACGGAGACUGCAGCGCAGAUCCAGCAGCUGGAACAGGAGAUCGCUGAGCUGAAGAGGAGCAACGCUGGGCUGGAGAACCUUUCAAAGACUGAGGAUCACAUUCACUUCCUACAGAAUUUCCAGUCUGUCUCUGCAGCUUCUGAAGCCCAGGAUGCUUCCAUCAUUACGAUUAAUGAGAAUAUCAGUUUAGAGGCUGUUGGUGAAGCUGUAUCUAAACUCAAAGAGCAAGUGGUGGCCAUCUGUCAGGGGGAGCUCAUGAAAAUAACUGAAUCCGUGAACAAAGUCGAUGUUUACAAUCAUCCAGAGCCAAGGAGCAGAGAGGACUUUUUGAAAUAUUCCGUUCAGAUCAUGCUGGACUCCAUCACAGCACAUAAUGUGCUUGUACUGUCAGAGGAGAAUAGAAAAGUGACAUGCGUGAGAGGAGCCCAGUCUUAUCCAGAUCACCCGGAGAGAUUUGAUGAGUGGUGGCAAGUGCUGUGCAAAGAGGGUUUGUUUGGGACUCGCUGUUACUGGGAAAUCGAGUGGAGUGGGAAAGGGCUCUCUAUAGGAUUCGCAUAUAAAGGAAUCAGCAGGAAAGGAAUGUUACAUUCCAGCUGUCUGGGAAAAAAUGACAAGUCCUGGAGUUUGUUUUGGGAUUUGUCAAGAUUCUCAGCCUGGCACAAUAAUGUAGAAACUGCAUUAACUGCACCCCGUUCUGACAAGAUAGGGGUGUACCUGGACUUUAACUCUGGAAUUGCAUCAUUUUAUGAUGUUUCUGGCACUAUGACUCUGAUACACAGAUUCAACACCACAUUCACUGAGCCUCUCCACCCUGCUUUUUGGCUACCAUACCCCGAUGUAAAAAUAACAAUCUGUCAGCUGAAAUGAGCCAUUUAUAAAAAUAUAACACUCUGUCACAAGUACAGCAGUAAAGGUGAUUGUUCUUGCUCUGAGUGCAGAUUGAGAAGCACCAGCUCUCAGCCCACCCAGCAGAGCCUGCAUUGGUAGCCUGCAUUGGUAGCCUGCAUUGCUAUAGCUAGAAUGUGUGGCACGAGGCUACAGUUAAAUUAAAAAUGAAAGCUGGAAUCUAAAAUAUCCCCAGUAUUCACUGCGUUUAAAGAGACACUAAUGGUUUUUUUUAGGAACCCCGUCUCAAGCUUUUAGGUGGAGGUUGGAAUAUUUGAUUCUUAUAAGCGGUUGAUUCUUCAAAGCGGACCGAUAUGAUUACAAUUAGCAAAAGCGUGCCUCCGUGCAUCAGCAGUUUAAAUACAGUAAUACAAAUGUCAGUGGUGCUCAAUCACUGAGGACAACACAUCAAAACAAGACUUCGUGGGUAAGCAGCAUGUUAUACGAUUACGAUUCUGUUUACUCAAGGCUGCAGAAUCCUAUUUUACUACAGUAUACUUGAGAAGCGAUCGUCUCGUGAGGGUGCCUAGUUUACCUGCCCUGCGGUGUUACGUGUAAUGACCUUUGAAUUAAAAUGACAUUACAGUACAGUAUUUUACUGUCAGGACCACCACGGCAUUGAAGCAUCUGUUGCUUGCAGUCAGUUUGCCCCGAAAUGAUUCUUAUAAGCGGAUUGCUUGAUUCUUACAAGCCCAGUAUUUUACAUUGGUUGGUAUAGGAGUGGUUUUGUCCCCGCGGUUUUGAUCGCUAUAUGCGGUUGAUUCUUAUAUCAGUAAUUCUUAUAAACGGGGUGCACUGUAACUCUUUUUAUACAAUAAGGAAUGUCUGUUUCUUUAUAUAUUUUUGUUAACAAAGCUGCUUUUCUUGCAUGUGUUCUUUGUCCAUGGCUCAGUAUAUUAGUGUUGAUCGUAACAUUUGAACUGUCUGUAUUUUCUCAUUGAAAUAUCAAUCGCUAAAUUAAUAACUAAUUCCAUCAAUCAAAAAUGGAUCAUCUCAGAGGUCCUGUACAAUGUCUGGUUAAAAUAAACGAUUCUCAAACAAUGAAA